ACCCUCCGAAUUACAGUACAGUAAAGGUCAUGAUGAGUGAUACUAUGUACGGACACAUUACCAAGUCUGUCUGUCUUGCAUGUCCAGAUCUGUCUCGCUCCGUACGCAUGCAUCUGACCCCUUCCCCUCCUUGCUCCGCCCCCUGGCAAAACCAAGAUUAAAAAAUUGGCCCCUCCCCGCGGAGCUUCGACAAGGUUUCUCAGGCCAGUUCCAGCGACCCGGCCCCAAGGUGGGUGAUCCCGAGUCUCUGCAGCCAAUCACUAGUCCGCUUCGUGAGCGACGCCAAAUUUUUGACGACAGCCUCGCCGUAGAGCUCCUUGUCUGUUGCACAGCUCACGGCUUGAAUCAUCCUGCACUACAAGGCUGAAGCGGCCAAACCACCCAUCAUGAUCCAACUAAAGACCAUGCUUAGCUGCAUCGACAACUCCGGCGCCGCCAUCGUCGAGUGCGCCUUGGUCGUCGGCCAGAAGAGACACGCCACCAUCGGUGACCGCAUAGUAGCCAUCGUACAGAAGCAACGUGGUGCUUCCGAUGCCGGUAUGGGCGCUGCCAGCGCCGCCAACAAGGUGAAGCGAGGCGACAUUCGACACGCUAUCAUCGUGCGGACGAGAAAGCAGGUUCAGCGACCCGACGGCUCCGUCGUAAAGUUCGACGACAACGCCUGUGUGCUGAUCAACAAGGCCGGCGACCCAAUUGGAACCAGAGUCAACGGUGUUGUUGGUGCUGAGUUAAGGAGGCGGAAGUGGAGCAAGAUUCUAAGCAUGGCACCUAUGCAUGCUUAGAUGGAGUUGCCGGCCCCGAGGGACAAUAUCUUCGCACAUCAGAUGCACGACAAGGAGAUCGCGAGCGGCGGGAUUAUGUACUAUACCGUGUAUAAGAGGUACCAAGCAUAUGGCAGGCGUUGAGGAUGACUCACCAGAGAAAGCAUCGCAGGCAUCAGCAUCUCAACCAUCAAACCCAUGAGUCUGGUCAUCAUUUGUAGCA